UCCUUUGCCCCUCCACUUUCCUCGAUAUGCGUGCCGUUCGUCCUUUAUAAAGUCGUCUUCCCAACGCUAACCCAAACACCAAAUAAACGAAACAACGCUUCUCAUUCAUUCAUUAUAAAAUAUACAUUUCAUACUUUUCACGUUAGCGACCCUUCGUUCAUAUCGAAUCUCUAUUUUGUAAUGGCUGAAACAAACCCUAAGACUCAACAACCCGAGAUGGCUCAGACAGAGGAAGAGAAAUUGAAGUAUUUGGAAUUCUUGCAAGUGGCGAUGAUUCAUGCGGCGCUAUAUGUGGCGAAGGUGUAUGGUUACGCUAAGGAAAAUUCAGGUCCAUUGAAGCCUGGUGUUCAGACCGUUGAAGGCACUGUUAAGACCGUGGUGGGACCUGUCUAUGAUAAAUUUCAUGAUGUCCCUGUCGAAGUACUCAAGUUUGUUGACCGCAAGGUUGAUGAGUCUGUUCGUCAGAUUGAGACUCGUGUUCCCCCUAUGGUCAAGCAAGCUCCUGCAACUGCUCGGUCUGUUGCAGCCGAUUUCAAGAGUGCUGGUGUGAUAGGAACUGCAUCAGGACUUGCAAAGACAGUCUAUGCCAAGUAUGAGCCCACCGCCAAGGGACUUUACACCAAGUAUGAGCCAAUGGCUGAGCAAUAUGCAACAUCAGCUUGGAUCUCUCUCAACAGAAUUCCCAUUGUUCCUAAAGUCACUCAAGCAGUUGCCCCAACAGCUGCUUACUAUUCUGAGAAAUACAAUGUGAUGGUUCAGCAAACAGCAGACAAGGGAUACAAGGUUGCUUCAUAUCUUCCAUUGGUACCUACUGAGAAGAUUGCUAAGGUGUUCACCAUUCAGCCACCUGUGGCUUCCAACUAAGAAGGACCUACUGAUUUUACCUUUACUUAUGGUUUAUAAGUAGUAGUAGCUUAGUUCUUCAUGACGGUCUCCGUAUGAUCUGGACUGCCUUGGAACAGUUGUUAUUUGUUUGUUGUUUUGUGGAUUGUUUAUUAUGUGAAGUAAAUUUCGUGUUUAUUUA